AUGGUGUUGCACACGGUGGCUCUGAGCCACGGUUUGAAACCUGCGGUGGCUGGGUUCGCGUGCCCACUGAUCCUCAAAUUCUUGAUGGGUUUCAGAUUCUUCCGCGACAACGCUCUUCACCAUUCAAGGCUCUUCCUUUUCCAACUGGGUCACAUAGCCUUCAACACCGAACCCUCGAUCACCCACGUCGCACGAAUGGAACGCGCUCUUCGCUUGAUUUGGAGAACGCUCUCUCCCUCCCCUUCAUCGUCGGCGGAAAACUCCCACAUCGUGGAGGAGAGCCUCCAUGACCUUUCCAUGCUUUCGCUUUGA